AUAGCAUUGGCGGAGCGGCCCGGGUGGGGUGCGGGUCUAUAAUCUAUUUACCAGCAUUCCUACUACAGUGUGUGCCCGUUAAUAAGAUUAGUAAUUAAAAUGCUUGAUAACAAUUGGCAAGUGUGCUUCCCUCUCUCUGUAGUGGGCUGGGCUCGCGGCAGUCUCUGGCUGGGCUGGAAGAGCUCUUGAGAUAACAACGAAGGCACACAGACAGGCUCCCAGGAACCCAGGCACCCGCCGACACCACCGCUUGGGAGUCUCUGGGAAGCCUCGGGAGCCCAUAGGCAGUGCGCUGGGAGCCGCGAUGGUGGAAAUGGAGAAAGCCAGACCUGUGUGGAACAACCCCUUACAGUUUGUGUUCGCCUGUAUUUCCUAUGCAGUGGGACUAGGGAACGUCUGGAGGUUUCCCUAUUUGUGUCAAAUGUACGGAGGGGGUGGAUUUCUGAUUCCUUAUAUCAUCAUGCUGGUGGUUGAAGGAAUGCCCCUCCUCUACCUAGAACUGGCAGUGGGCCAGCGGAUGCGGCAGGGGAGUAUUGGAGCAUGGAACACAAUAAGCCCCUAUCUUCGAGGAGUUGGCAUUGCCAGCGUGGUCGUCUCCUUCUUCCUCUCCAUGUACUACAAUGUGAUUAAUGCCUGGGCCUUUUGGUACCUCUUCCAUUCAUUCCAGGAUCCCUUGCCAUGGUCCAGCUGCCCACUGAAUAGCAAUCUCACCAGUUAUGAUGAAGAAUGUGAGAAAGCCUCAUCCACUCAGUACUUCUGGUACCGGAAAACCCUCAAUAUCUCGCCCUCCAUUGAGGAGAAUGGGGGCAUCCAGUGGGAACAAGCCUUGUGCCUCAUCCUCGCAUGGCUGGUGGUGUAUCUGUGUAUUCUGAGAGGCACCGAGUCGACAGGCAAGGUGGUCUAUGUAACUGCAUCCCUGCCUUACUGUGUUCUCAUCAUCUAUCUGGUUCGGGGUCUCACCCUGCAUGGAGCCAUCAAUGGUCUUGCGUACAUGUUCACUCCCAAGAUAGAACAGUUAGCGAACCCCCAAACCUGGAUCAAUGCAGCUACCCAGAUCUUCUUCUCCCUUGGCCUCGGGUUUGGCAGCCUGAUCGCCUUUGCCAGCUACAAUGAGCCAAGCAACAAUUGCCAGAAGCAUGCCAUCAUUGUGUCUCUGAUUAACAGUUCCACGUCCAUCUUUGCCAGUAUCGUCACAUUCUCCAUCUAUGGUUUCAAGGCCACUUUCAACUACGAGAACUGCAUCAAUAAGGUGAUCUUGCUGCUGACCAAUACCUUUGAUCUCGAAGAUGGUUUUCUGACCCCAGGCAACCUGGAGGAGACGAAAGACUACCUGGCAUCUGCCUACCCAACGGAAUACAGUAAAAUAUUCCCAGACAUUAAGAACUGUAGUUUGGAAUCAGAACUAGACACCGCUGUCCAGGGGACUGGACUGUCAUUCAUUGUCUACACUGAAGCCAUUAAAAACAUGGAGGUGUCCCAGCUGUGGUCGGUGCUAUAUUUUGUUAUGCUGCUGAUGCUGGGGAUAGGAAGCAUGUUGGGGAAUACCGCUGCCAUUCUCACUCCUCUGACAGACAGCAACACCAUUUCAAGCCGCUUACCCAAGGAGGCAAUCUCAGGUCUUGUGUGCCUCAUUAGCUGUGCCAUUGGGCUGGUGUUCACCAUGGAAGCUGGAAACUACUGGUUUGACAUAUUCAACGACUAUGCUGCCACCCUCUCUCUGCUGCUCAUUGUGCUGGUGGAAACAAUUGCUAUUUGUUAUGUUUAUGGCCUAAAAAGAUUUGAGAAUGACCUUCAAGUCAUGACUGGAUGCAAACCAAACUGGUACUGGAAGAUCAUCUGGGCGUUUGUGAGCCCCUUGCUUAUCAUUGGCCUGUUCAUUUUUUACCUGACCGACUAUAUCCUGAAGGGCACCCUGCAGUACCAAGCCUGGGAUGCCACACAGGGUCAGCUGGUAACCAGAGAUUAUCCUAAUUAUGCCUUGGCAGUGAUCGGCCUUCUUGUUGCCUCUUCCACUAUGUGUAUCCCCUUGGUGGCUCUGGGAACCUUCAUCAUGAACAGAUGGAAAAAAGGAAAAACCGUUUCCGUGUGAGCAGCAGGACUCCUGAAGAUGUCUUCUUGCAGCACUCGACAUGAGUCCAGAUGGCCAUUUUUGUGUAGUUCUUAUUUAUAGAUUUACUUUCUUGGGAGGCCUUUUUAUUUUUUAAACAUGCCAGUAGAACUCUGGAGAGCAUCUCUCAGCUUUCAGUGCUUUUAAAGAGGAAAUAGAACCACUUGGCUGAAGGAUCACCAUUUUAAGACCCCCCCCCCCCAACUCCGAGGCCCUCAGGACUUCCUCUUUGGCUCUUCCCAGCAAGGUUACUUAGGACUGACUUGUUAGCAAAAGCAUCUAAAGGAAAGCAGGCUCCCUGUAAAGAAGGGAUAUGGAAGGGACUUCUCAUCACUUGUGGCUGGGUAUAAUCACUCUCCUCCGAUGUUUAUAUGGAAUCCUUCCCUUUUUUUCCUGAGGAAGGGAGGGAGACUCAUAGCCCUAGGGGAAAGUGUAUUAGAAGAACCCUGGCUGUUUGAUCACCUCAGCAUGUUUAAGCAUGGCCACCAGAUCUACAGAUGCUCAGGGGACAAAGUCUUAGAAUAUAAACAAAUGGGUAGUGUUCAUUCUGUAACUGGCAUCCCUGUUCCCCUUUAAAUAUUUCUCUUGAAGAUUGAAGAUGAAGACUAGACCUAUUGCCAGGAUUUAAGGGACUUCCAGGUAAAGAAAUCCCUCCUACCAAUGCAGGUUGGCUCCUUGGCAAAUGAUAAGCUUUUAAGAACUGUCUAGAGAAGAAGUUAAGUGGCUUGAGGCCACAUAGCCAGCAUACGUCAGAGGUAGAAAUUGAACCCAGGUCUUUAUGGCUUUGAGUUUGGCUCCCUCCCUGUUAUGCCAUGGCUGCCUUUUUGAGGAUUUGCCCUUCUGAAUCUACCAUUAUUGACCACAGCAACAGCAAGGCCAGAUGGAACACAAAGCCAGAAGAAGCCCACAUGCGUCCAUUGGGAGCAUCUUUAUACAGAUUCUUCUGGUUCAAUUCAGUCUUUUUCAGAGAAGAGGUGGGAGAACUGGCUCUGGUCACUUCCUGGACAAAGUGCUUCCCUACAACCCAUAAGGCUGACUCUGCAAGCCAUUGAUAACCACAAGCCAUAGAACCCAAGGUGGUCCCCACACAUGAUGAGGCAGUCACAUGGUGUAGUACGGAUGAGACAAAUGGGCCAGCCAUUGUGGCCUAGUUAACAUAAUAGAGUGUAAAAUCAUUAUCCCCCAUUAUGUACUGAGCACCUCCUAAAAUACAGUGAACCAAGAAAAGAAAGCAUGCCUUUAUCCGGACCAUAGAACUGAGGAAGGGUUUCUGUGGGUAGGUUUUGUUAAAGAUGUUGAAACUCUGGGAGAGACCAAAGAGAGACGACUUUAUGAGAAACUUAUUCAACAUCUGCAGAGGUCGUAAGGAGUAUCCAAAUAGGAACAAACGUUGGUGGCUGCCCUCAAGGAGAUUAAACUCAAGCAGGAGAGAGAAGAUAGGCUCAAAUAAAUAUAAGAUAGAGAGGAUGAGAAUGCAGAAAUCAGAAAAAAAAUUCAUAGAGGAUUUAAACUGAGUAGGGAUGAAGGAUGAAGAGGGAGGCAUUCCAGGAAUAGGGAAUUAUAUGAACAAAUAAAAGCACAAACAGUGCAGUGAACAGUAAUAUAAACUAUUUGUUGGGGAAGAGGGUGAGAUAAACUCCAAAGGGGAGAUUGGAGCCAGUUUGUGGAGGGCAUUGAAAGCCAGGCUCAGAAAUGUGGGCUGGAGUGUCCAUUUAGCUGUUUUCUUUUUGAUUCUCAUGGGAAAUUCUUCUGGAAUAAGUAGAGGCAUUAGAAAGUCAAGUCCUGACCUUUAUUUUUGAUAAAUAAGUAGCUUUCUGCUCCUUGAACUACUCACCUCAUUUAAACUCAUAGUGCCAAUGCUCUGAUGGCACAUAAAAGGCACAUCUCACUUUAAAAAUGCAUGAACCAAUCCUUUCCUGUGCCAGACUUUCCAUCCUUUGGUUCUUGCCUUUAUCCCUCAUCAGGCUGUUACUUCAAGCAUCAAAAGUUUCCAAUUUUGGCUGGAGUGGCGGAUGGCUUUGAACAUGAGAGUAGAGUUUGAUCCUGAAGCCACUGGAAGUCUUUCCAGCUUACCCACCUCUCAUCCUGAAAUUAUGGCCUUUUUUCUUCCAUCAGUUCUUAUCAAGGGCUGGGCACAAGCUAAAGACUACAAUGGAGUCCUAAACCACAUCAAAACUCCAACACCUAAAUGAGCAUCACCCUUCAAAACUGUUGCCUUAGUUUUUGAAAAUGUUAUCUAAUUUAUUCUGAAGUAGCCCAGACACAAAACAAGAGGGCGAGGGUCAAGGUUAGACAAAAUGACAACAUUCUAUGCCUUAUAGUCAUUGAUAUAUAGCUGUAGGUUGAGAGAAUCCCAGAAGCUCUAGUAUCUGGACUAGAAUUAAGGUCCUUCCUAUCUCCUAGGUCUGGAAGCUUUAGAUUCUAUAGGCUGAGAAAACUGAUUGGAGCCAGGGUGUCCUAUUUGCAAAAGGAACUCAAGGUCCAGCAUCCAAACACUCCACGCUAGCCUGGGAACCAGCACAAGGACAGCAUUUGAGGCAGCUCAGGCCAACAGGGACAUACAUCUUGGGAAUGGAGAGAUGGCAGCGUAAUAUAGGAAGUUUGUUUACAGAUGUGGGGAGAACAUGAAGGCACAGACUUGGCCAGCAUGUGAAGACUGGAGACAGAUUCCAUGAUUAGAGGUUUCAGGGACUCUGGCUAGGGCAGGCUGGACUGAGAGGCAUGGGAGUAGGGGAAGGAAUUGUGUGCUGGGCUCAUAGAAGAAAGAUACUAAAAUCCAAAGUGAUGAAAGUAAACAAGAUGAGUGAAAACUCCCUGCCCAUCUUACUCCAAAGUAGUAUGGAAAUCACAAGUGGAAUGGAUGAGCAGGAUGAGCCAUGAGAUGGACAAGAUGGCGCCAGAGAAGCCCAAAACCUGAAGAAGAGGGCUUCAUUUCCAUCCCUAACUUCUGAGAUCAAUAGGCACUUUUUAGUCCUUUUCUUAACUGGAUUCCCCUCUCAGAACUGCCUUCUUAGGGGAUUUCUGUGUUUUCUCAGCCACACAAGAAGAGUAAUGGAAGGAAGUCAAGAAACUUGGAGGCCCAGCUCAGCUGCUCUAUAGAAAUUCUAACUCUAAAGUGAGGAGGUUCGACUAGAUUCUCUCUGGAGUGAUUCCUACUCUCAAGUUCUAGGAUAAUUAGAAUCAUUUUUAGUUCCAUGUUGUCUGUUUCUUUUUCUCUCUUCCCAUCUCCCAACCUUAGCUGAGAUUUCGAUCCUUUGUUGACUAAGAAUCUCCCCUAGAACAUACUUAGACAUUCUUUUCAAAGUGAUGAGUCCAAAAAUUCCUGAGAAAGUCCAUUAGUACAAGUUAUUCGGAAGUUUUCCCUUCCAAUAGCCUCAGUUUCUUUGAAUCUAUCCUAAAUUCUGUCUCCUGGGGCCAAACAGAGAAAAUCCACACCUUCUUGUUCAGGUCGCUCCCUCAAGAAUCUGAAGACAAUUCUCAUGUCCAAACUAAACACUCCUGGAGAACAGCUGGAGGUGGUGUUGGGAAGCCUGGGCUUUUAGUCUGUCUGACCCUGGGCAAGUCUCUUCAUCUAAAAUGGGAAUAAUAGUACCUCUCUCAAAGGGUUGUUAGGAGCUUCAAAUGGAUCAUCUGAACAAAACACUUCAUAAACUUUCAAAUCUUGUCUGAUUGUUUUCAGCUAUUCUUGAUACGGCCCUUACCAUCAUGGUCUUCCUCUUCUGGAUGAGAGUUCCCCUCUCCCUUUACUCUCCAUCUGUUUGGCCAACCCCUUCCUUCUUUGACAUUGGGUUGGAACGACAAACUAGAGACCAUGGUGGCAGUGCCCAUAAGUGGCUGAGGCAUUCUGGGGAGAGGAAGUGAAGGGGCCAAGCACUGGAUGAGAGCUCUAUGGCAGACAAGCCUGGCAAGAAAGACUGACAUGAUUUUGUUUUUAUUCUACCUGUCCAAGUGCCUUGAACACAGUUGGCUGAGGACCAUCAAUGAUGGCUGGGAUUUAAAUGCCAGAAGUUCAAAACUGGACAGAAUUCUGAAUAUUAUGGCUAGAUCAGGGAGUUCCAUAGGACCUUAAGAGGCCAGCUAGUCUAAAACAGACAGUCAUUAGCAGAAGAGUUGGGAUUUGACUGCAGGACUUUUUGAUGCCAAAUUUAGACUUUACCCCUGAAGUAAUCGAUUCUAGAUUAAAAAAAAAAAUACCUGGAGUUUAGGGGCAGCUGGGGAGCACAGUAGAUAAGAGCAUCCUACAUGAAGGGUGGAGGACCUGGGUUCAAAUGUGGUCUCAGACACUUCCCAGCUGUGACCCUGGCCAAGUCAUUUAACCCUGAUUGCCUAGCCCAUGCUUCUUAGAAAUAAAACUAAGACAGAAGGCAAGGGUUAAAUAAAAAAAAAAGUCUGGUGUUUCAAUGUAGUCAUUUUAUUUUAGCCAUUUUUAACAGUUUCAAAAGAAUGAGACUGAAGUAACAAAGAAUCCUUAGGUUUUCCUCCAAAAACACUUGUUGCGAAGGCACUGGAUAGCCCCUUCCAUGCCACCGAAAGGUGGUCCAUAAUCAAGGUCAUUCUAGGUGUUUCUAUCACUGCAAGAAGAAAGUGUUUUCGGGGUGACACAGGAUAAGGACGUAGGAAAAGAAGGGGCGGCACUGGUCAGACAGUCAUGAGUUGCCCCUUACUACUGAGAGACCUUAGGCAAGUCACUUCAAACUUCUUAAGGUUCGUUUUCUCCUUUAGAAAAUGGGGCUAAUGAAUACUUUUAGGCUGCUCACCUCACAGGGCUGUUGUGAGGACCACGGGAGAGAACGAACAUGUUUGACAGUGCUUAUAAAUGUUUAAGUUCUCCUGUGAACGAUCUUUUCCUUGUGCUGAUCCCCCGGCACACAAGCCCUGGUCAGAAGCAGCCAGAGGGGAUGUGCUGGUUUUUAACUUAGAGCUGGGAAACCUUGCAGAGAGCUUUCCUUAUUUUGUGUUUGUUAUUAACAAGUGACGUUGUAAAUAAAUCCAAUAUAAAUGUGUUUUGAAA